AGAAGUUUAGUAUUUUCCGGUGUCGUGUCAGCGUGCUGAAUUUAUCUCAUGGUUUCAAUAGAACUGUGAAAACGUUUUUGUGUAUCUCUUUUGAACAACGAUGUGAGUCUAGAUAACCAGACGAGGUGAAAGUAAUUAGUUCCAUUACUCCGGUCGUUGUUUAUGAUUUCAUUUCCAGCCCUUAUUAGCACAGUAACGUUAAUGACUUGCAUUCAAGUGUAAAUGUUCUCUUAAAACUUCCUAGCUAACGUUACUAUUGUUAGAUUAGCUAAACCCAAACUGAACUUUGUCUGAGCAGUAUUUUUGUUUUUUUUUGUUAUUGCAGACUUCCAAACGGGAAUUUGUGUAUUAUAUUUGAGGAAAUAGUGUAUUCUUUGUGCAUUACUGUUCAACUAUCUAAUUAAUACAUAAUUGUAUGUUCAUUUCUUCGGAAGUAAAUGGCAGAGACUGUUAGGGGAAGGAGCCGUGGACUGAAGUUUGCAGAGCAACAACUACUGUUUCAGUAUGACAUGUUGGAUAAAGGAAUAAAGACAGACACCAAUGUCAGGUUCAAUAGCCUUGUUUGUGCAUUGUACAAAUCCCUACACAUGGAGUCCGGGGAACAGUCCGGCUAGUCGAAUACCUAUCAACUAGACUCGGUAACAACUACUGCGUCGUGGCUGGGUACAAGGUAAAGGUCUUUGUCGGCAGAAGAAUGGUAUGUGAGGCUAGCAUAGUGAAUGUGGCAAGGGAGGGGUGGGACAUCUUCUAAUUUGGAGAAAUAAGUCCUCAGAAGGGGUGAGUGAAAUGAAAGAGUAUUUUACCACUAACACACACACACACACACACUUACAUUGGGCCUAGGCUACAUCUCCACCUUUCUGUUGUAGAAUGGUGUGCAGGUGAAGAAGUUGGUUGAGGAGGAAGAGGAAGGAAUGAUUUCCAACCAGCAGCCAACGAAAGCCAUGCUGGGAAGAUAAACUUUAUGGAUGCUUUGUGAAGGUACAGAUAAACAAAUCUAACUGGAACACACUUCCAUAUCUGUGCCAAUGAGCCCUCUUGAUAGUACAGCUCUGACGAUGAAGACCAGAGACUGGAACUCUCCAGCACCACCAAGUAAGAACCGCACUGCCCAAAACCAUCCACCACCAUACAGGGAUUAAUAUAAAUUUGAAGGUUAUUUGUUUUCAUAUCAAUGUGAAGAUUAACGACAGUGGUUUUAUGUACUCACAGGGUUAAAUAAUAAAUGUUAUUUCCCUUUGACGCUGACCUGGUGAAGGCUUGUGGAGGACGCACCGCUCACAAAGGAGCCAGAUACGGCCUUACCAUGAGUGCCAAGCUAGCCAGACUGGAGCAGCAGGAGCAAGAGUUCAUGGCAAAGUAUGGCAAGAAAAACCAACUAGCGGCUGCAACACCAGAUAGCGUCACCACCGUUACCCAGCCAGCUGCCCAGAUCCCCGAGGAUGAACUGAAGGAUGAGACCCGGGGGGGGAGAGGAAGAGUCACUGAGGACACCCGUGAGAAUGUGGCUGAAGAGAAUGCUGAUUCUGCUGUCGUCUACAGAAGUACCAACAUGGAAAUAAAGGGAAGUUCAAAGGAGAACACUGGAGAGGUGGCAGUGGUUCCUGUAGAGGAAGGACUAUUAUCUUCUGUGGAAGAUAAUACAACAGACAACGCUCAGCCAACCAAGAGGAAACGUUCAAAACAGAGGAAGGUGUUGGAAGAGGGCGAGAGCUGUCAUCUAAAUGGAGAGGUGUGAAACUGCUGUCAUCUCUAUAGGGAGUUAAGCCGGAGGUGGCUGUGAAGAGGCUUCAGAGGGAGAAGGUGCCACUCGGCAACAGACUGACUCAGACACUACUACCAAGAAGAAGUCCUCCAAGAACAGAGGUGGCUAUGGUGGCUGGGGAGAUGGAACACUCUGAUAGAGAAACCAACCAAUCGGAACCUGGUGGACUCUCCUCCAAAAGAGAAAAAGAAACGGGAUGGAGCAAUAGAGGAAGUGAGAACUGUGUAGGAGGAACCUAAAAUAAAAGGUCAAAAGAAAAAAUGCAAGGAGGACAAGCAGACAGUAGAGGACAGGUUGCAUGAUGUAUCGGACUCCAUACCUCUAAAAAAAUAGAAGAAAGCUAAACAACAGCAACCAGAUUGAUGAGGACUAGUUGGAGAGGAAACGGGUCAGGGAUUUGGGUCAGCGCUCUAAUAAGUCUCAGACACAUGAAACCAUCUAAUGAAGUGAAGUAUAUUUCUAAUUAACGCUCAAUGGCCAUUAUUGCAACACCAUGCAAAAAGGAUGUUUUGUUUCUUGUCAACAUAUUUAUUUGUAUGGAAAAAUUCAGCUACAGACUAUAAGAAAAUAUAUAUUUCAGCGUCAACUGGUGUUUUUAUACUUGUCUGGUGGUCUUGUAUUAAAUAUUCUCAACACGGCUGUUUUAAACAAUGUGAUAUCAACAUCAGAUAUGAGGUUGCUACAUUUGAGCACAGUAAUGCAUUUUCUUUGCUCAAAUAACUUUCCUUACUACUCUGAGGUACAUUUACAUGAAGUGACAAUUAAAGCUGCUGAUUUAGAAGUAUUGCAUCGCUUAUAAAACAGCAAUUAUUAAAAAAUAAAUAAACGGAACCUAUGAAAGCCCUACACAAGUGUUCUAUUUAAGAAUUGUUAUACACUGCUAUACAAUAUUUUUUUUGACUGAACGUGGCUCAAUUUAUCCUGACCAUAUUAAUGCUUUACUCUCACAGAUCCAUCGGUUUCUCUGGCCACAUGAUGCAGCAUUCCAAUUAGCCAAAGGUGCAUUGUUUGGGUUAGUUAAAGCACAAUCGCGACCCCAUACAGGUUGAAUCUUCCAAAACCUGUGAAAGGAAAUCCUACAAUGAAUGAAAAAACAAUGAUUUAAGGCUGGAUUCAAUCUGUAUCGUGGAAGAGCCACGUUAAGAUUCAAAGGUAAUGGUUUCCAAUUGGGCCGGCAUGCAGCGUUGACCAUGAAUGCAGUCUGCAAACGUGGGAACAUUGAUUUAAAAUUUUGUGAAUCUUCUGCGGUGCCAAUUGAAUCCAGCCCUUAGUGAAGAAUUGUUUUAGGCAACAUGCUUCUUUGGAAUGUCCUUACCCAUCAGUCAGAUUCUGAUUACGUCCAUCAACCCAAAGCCAUUGACCGUCUUCUGCUAUGUCAGUCAGGCCGAUCCAGUACCCAUGAUCUUCAUCAUAGUAGGCUUGAGUGUUGUUGAGAAUGAAUUCCUGAAUGAGAAAUGAAGGAAACCACAAGUAGAUAUAAAUAAAUACAGGAUACAUUUAACAGUAAUCCACAGUUUUGUGAGGCAGUGUGACUUGUCUAAAUGUAUCUUAUCUGGUGCAAAUGAAAGAUAAUACAGUAUGAAAGUAUUUCCUGUUGUCAGUCCCCUACUUUUUUGAAUGGGCUUCAAGUUUACAUAAUUAAAUACACUGAUUGCACAUUAGGAACACGUGCUCUUUCCAUGACAGACUGACCAGGUGAAAAGCUAUGAUCCUUUAUUGAUGUCACCUGUUAAAUACACUUUAAUCAUUGUAGAUGAAGGUGAGUAGACAGGUUAAAGAAGGAUUUUAGGCCUAGAGACAUGGACCGUGUGUGCCAUUCAGAGGGUGAAUGGGCAAGAUUUUCUGAAGUGCCUUUGCAUGGGGUAUGGGGGUAUGGUGGUAGGUGCCAGGUGUACCAGUUUGAGUGUGUCAAGGACGGCAAGGCUGCUGUUUUUUCCCCCUGUGUUUAUCAAGAAUAGUCCACCACCCCAAGGACAUCCAGCCAACUUGACACAACUGUGGAAAGCAUUGUCCACAUGGGGCCAGAAUUCCUGUUGAACGCUUUCGAACACCUUGUAGAGUCCACGCCCUGACAAAUUGAGGCGCAACUUAAUGUUUGGAAGGUGUUCCUAAUGUUUUGUACACUCAGUGUAUUAUAUAUAUAUAUAUAUACACACACACACACACAAUUCUAUUAAGUUGUUGAUUAGCUCAUAGCCGAUUCCUUUUAUCAAAAUAUUUGAUGCUCAAGAAGUACGACACAUUGCCAAAAGUUAGAAAAGUCUUAUUUGAAGCCCAUUCUUAGCCUACAAAACGAGACAACAGGAAGUACCACUUUCAUACCGUAUAACAAGGAGCACAGUUGUAGCAGUGUUAAUGAACAUCAUGUUAUGAGGAUGUUUCCAUGAACAUUCAGUAGCUAUAUAUCACAUUUUAAUAUGGUUCCUAUUCCUACUUUUUGUACAUUUGUAUUGCUUGAGCAACCCUUUAAAGGCUGUGUGAAUCUCCCUUAUUAAAGCAUUUACCUGUAGUAGUGUC